GGAAAGGAGAGAAACGGGAAGGCGGGAGGGGCAAGGGAACUACGUAACGCGUACCGGUACGCAUCGUUCGUGUCGUACGAUUAUCGUCGUGCGCGCCGAGUUCGAGUCAGUUCGAAUCAUCGUCAUUCUCUUAAGCGAGCGGCGCUUAGUCGGCCGACAUUAGUUCGCGGGUUCCCGACGAUCGUCUCCGUUUUCCCGUUACCCCGCUUCCCUGUGUUCUCUCUCUCUCUCUCUCUCUCUCUGUUGCACUAGUCGGCAAGCGCGCGUCGCACGUAUACGCAUCGUCGUGCGUGCACGCACGCACGCACCGCGCACGCAUAGAAGCAGAAGUUCGGGAACGCGCACGCCGGCACGCCGCGUUUCGAUCUCUCUUUCCCGGCGCGGCGUUGAUCGUAACCUCUCGUCUUCCUCGGCGACACACUCCUCUGCACUCCUCGCCCACUGAUAGACCCAGAUCGGUCAGUCAGUUUGAUUUUGGUCAAGAUGGCCGAGUCCACGGCCCCGGAACAGCAGCAGCAACAACAAUCGCAGUUCCUGUCGAACUUUAUCGGCGAGAUCGUCAAGAGCCCAGUGAACCUCGCCCUCGUGGGCGUGAUCGCUAUUCUGGUCUAUAAGAUCGUCAAGAGCCGCACCCAGCCCGAUGAGCCUGUGCAGGAAGUGAAGAAGCUACCGAAGCUACGCCGUGACUUCGCGAUCGAGGAGCUGACCAAGUACGAUGGCAAGGGCCCGGACGGCCGGAUACUCGUCGCCGUCAACGGCAGCGUGUACGACGUCACCAGAGGCGCGAGGUUCUACGGCCCUGGUGGACCCUAUGAAGCAUUUGGUGGUCGAGAUGCCAGUAGAGCACUCGCGAGGUUUGAAGUGGUCGCUGCAACGGAUAAAUAUGACGAUCUAAGUGACCUGAACACUACAGAAAUGAAUUCUAUCAAGGAGUGGGAAGAACAAUUCAAAGAGAGAUAUGAUUACGUCGGAAAAUUAUUAAAGCCUGGCGAAGCACCAACAAAUUACUCCGACGAAGAGGACGAGGGUAGCCAACGGGAGACUGAAACAAAAUCGGAAAGCUAUGAUGCAGAAAAAAAAGUGGAUCGUAACGAGGCCGCCGAAAAAUCAAAGAGCGAUUGACCGCAUGAUCGUACGUUGGAGGCAGAACUGUUACAGGAGCACACUACGCACACGCUGUUGUUACAGAAAUCUUUGAAAUUGUCGCUCAUGAAUAUAUUUCUGGACGUUCGGCCGAAUAUUUUAUUACUUGGUAACGGUAACCGGAUAAAGAGGCGAAAUGCCGGCUUUUAAUAUCGCCAUUACCAUUGGAAAUACAUAAAACACAUUUCCGAAAAAGCUGGUGGUUAUACUAUGUGAAGACUUUAUUUGAGCGUCCAGUUCGCCGAUUAGCGUGCUGACGCUCGUGUCUUUUAAUGUUUUUAUAUAUGUACAAAAGAUUUUCUACCAAAAAACGCUAAGCCGAAUCAGUGGUAACAACAUAUAUAUUCCAUUGUAGAUUCUUGUUAAAUUACUUGUAUUUCGCUGUACAACACGCGAUGACGGUACGCGCCUGUACCCGCACGAGUACGGCGAUACGAUAAAGCUGACGUUGCAUUUGAAAUUUAGUUUUAAGUCUGCUUUAUGGAGCUUAAGUCCUCUCACGUUCAUGCAGAAUCGCGAAUUAAAAAAGAACCACCGAAUUGGGGGAGAGAAGGAUCACACAGAGAUAUGCACUUCGGAAUAAUAAGCUUGCGAAUGAUCCAAAUAGCGCUCGUUAAUUUUGACCAAGCGCUAAAGAUAUAGUUAUAUGAAUGUUAUACUUUUAAUAUGUAAUUGUAUCAGAUAUGUAAUUAUUAUCAAAAUGAUGGAAAAUAUGGUAUACCGAUUCAGAGGUCUUUCUCUCGCUCGCGAUUGUCUCAAUGAGGCAAAUGCAUUUUUUUCUCGUGUAAGUUUUAAUUACUGAAGUAGUACCGGAAAACUGAGCAUAACGCGUGCGUUUCUAACAGUUUGUUUUACACGUAUGAAAAUAACAAAUGUAUGAAAUUUUUUGUGGUGGAUUUGAGCAUUGUAAAGUUUUGUUACAAAGUUCAAUAGAACCGGUAUUCACAUAUAAUCCUUUUUUUUUUUUUUCCAGAUCAUCUUGAGUAAUGUCUUGUGAGAUGCUGAUCAAUAUAAUUCUGUUUAAUUUAUAACAUUUUCAAAAUAACAUUUUCAAACGAUCUUUUAAAAAUGAGCUAUGAAUACACUGGUCUACGAUGUUACAUUCGCAAAUAUUCGCGUACUUCCGCGUAGCGUUGUCUCUUUGACACUGCAGCGCAUCUAUUAAUACUGUUCAAUUGCUUUAUUCACCAACAAAAUAUGGUUUUGGUAAAUAGUUAUAUCUGAAAAUAAGUUUAUGAAUAAAGAUUAAUAUUAGAGUUACGUAAAAUAUACAUACAUAUAUCUAUAUUUCUACAUACAAGUGAAAAGUUUGCAUGCACUUCCUGUGUAUAAUUUAAAACUACGUCGGUAUAAGUCAAAUUGUAUUUUACAUCUUGUUAGUAUUUAAAAUGACAAGAAAAUUAUUGUAUAUCACGCGUUGUGCUAGUUACUUGAAAAAAUGGUGUAUAUAACUUAACAUGGUUAGAUAGUACUGAUUGUGGCAAAUAAAGUUUUAUUAUUGUUUAUAUUAAUCCAACGGCGAGUGCACGUUCAGUUUGAUCGUCAUGUACACGAAGAAUAUAUGGAUACUUUUAUUCUCUAAUUAA